AUGUGUCUCCUUUCCCAGGGCGAAGGCGUUGUGAAGGAGAUCAACAUCACGCACCAUGUGAAGGAGGGCUCCGAGAAAGCUGAUCCGUCGCAGUUUGAGCUUCUGAAGGUGCUGGGACAGGGCUCUUUUGGGAAGGUUUUCCUGGUGAGGAAAAUCACUCCACCAGACAACAACCACCUCUAUGCCAUGAAAGUGCUCAAGAAGGCAACACUGAAAGUGCGUGAUCGAAUGCGGACGAAGAUAGAGAGGGACAUUCUGGCUGAUGUGAACCAUCCCUUCGUGGUGAAACUUCACUAUGCAUUCCAGACAGAGGGGAAGCUCUAUCUCAUCUUGGAUUUCCUCCGAGGAGGUGACCUUUUCACUCGGCUUUCCAAAGAGGUCAUGUUCACAGAGGAGGACGUGAAGUUCUACCUGGCAGAGCUGGCUCUAGGGCUCGACCAUUUGCACAGCCUGGGAAUCAUAUACAGAGACCUCAAACCAGAGAACAUCCUCCUGGAUGAAGAAGGGCACAUCAAACUCACGGAUUUUGGCUUGAGUAAAGAAGCUAUAGAUCACGAGAAGAAAGCCUACUCCUUCUGUGGCACGGUGGAAUACAUGGCCCCCGAAGUCGUGAAUCGCCAGGGCCACUCGCACAGUGCGGACUGGUGGUCCUACGGGGUGUUAAUGUUUGAAAUGCUCACGGGCUCGCUGCCCUUCCAGGGGAAGGACCGUAAGGAGACCAUGACCCUCAUCCUCAAAGCGAAGCUGGGCAUGCCCCAGUUCCUGAGCUCCGAAGCGCAGAGUCUCUUGCGAGCCCUUUUCAAAAGGAAUCCAGCCAACAGAUUAGGUUCUGGUCCAGACGGGGCAGAAGAGAUAAAGCGCCAUCCUUUCUACUCCACCAUUGACUGGAAUAAGCUGUACCGAAGGGAAAUCAAACCACCUUUCAAGCCUGCGGUAGGCCAGCCCGAUGACACCUUUUACUUUGACACAGAGUUUACGUCUCGUACACCAAAAGAUUCCCCGGGCAUCCCCCCGAGCGCAGGGGCCCAUCAGCUCUUCCGCGGCUUCAGCUUCGUGGCGACUGGGUUGAUGGAGGACGGCAAGGUGAAACCUGCCCAGUCCCCCCUGAAUCCGCUGGUGCAGCAGCUGCACGGCAAGAACCUCCAGUUCAACGAUGGCUACGUGGUGAAGGAGGCCAUCGGCGUGGGCUCCUACUCAGUGUGUCAGCGCUGCAUCCAUAAAGCAACCAACAUGGAGUACGCAGUCAAGAUCAUUGACAAGAGCAAGCGAGACCCUUCUGAGGAAAUAGAAAUCCUCCUGCGAUACGGGCAGCAUCCCAAUAUCAUUACCUUGAAAGAUGUGUAUGACGAUGGGAAGUACGUGUACCUGGUGACUGAGCUGAUGCGGGGAGGAGAGCUGCUGGACAAGAUCCUCAGGCAGAAGUUUUUCUCAGAGCGGGAGGCCAGUUCUGUCCUGCACACGAUCUGUAAAACGGUGGAGUACCUGCACUCGCAGGGGGUGGUCCACAGAGACUUGAAACCCAGCAACAUUCUCUACGUGGAUGAGUCGGGCAACCCAGAGAGCAUUCGCAUUUGCGACUUUGGCUUUGCUAAGCAGCUGAGGGCCGAGAACGGCCUUCUCAUGACUCCUUGCUAUACCGCAAACUUUGUGGCACCCGAGGUACUAAAACGCCAAGGCUAUGAUGAGGGCUGUGACAUCUGGAGCCUGGGGGUUCUCCUUUACACGAUGCUAGCAGGCUGCACCCCAUUUGCAAACGGCCCCAGUGACACCCCCGAAGAGAUCCUGAGCCGAAUAGGCGGGGGGAAGUUCUCAGUCAGUGGUGGUAAUUGGGACACUAUUUCGAUGGCAGCCAAGGAUCUAGUCUCAAAGAUGCUUCACGUAGAUCCUCACCAGCGCCUGACAGCCAAGCAGGUCCUGCAGCACUCGUGGAUAACGCAGAAGGAGAGCCUGCCCCAGAGCCAGCUGAACCACCAGGAUGUCCAGCUGGUCAAGGAGGCGAUGGCUGCCACCUACUCUGCGCUGAACAGCUCCAAACCGAGUCCCCAGCUGAAGCCCAUCGAAUCCUCCAUCCUGGCGCAGAGGCGGGUGAAGAAACUCCCUUCCACCACCCUGUGAAGGCCGGGCAGGUUGCA